AUGCCGCAGGCGCCGCAGCCGUACGAGUUCGUCAGCGAGGAGAACAGUCCGAAAUGGCGGGGACUGUUGGUCUCGGCCCUGCGGAAGGUUCAGGAGCAAGUACAUCCCAAUCUCUCAGCUAAUGAAGUCUAUUAUCUUGAAGAGCUGAUUUUUCAGCUGCUUAAUAAAUUAUGCAUGGCCCAACCAAGGACUGUUGAAGAUGCGGAGGAACGAGUUCAAAAGACCUUUCCUCAUCCAAUGGAUAAAUGGGCUAUUGCUGAUGCAUAGUCUGCCAUAGAGAAACGGAAACGAAGAAAUCCCUUACUGCCUGUGGACAAAAUCCAUCCUUCAUUGAAGGAAGUUUUAGGGUACGAAGUGGACUACCAUGUGUCCCUGUAUAUUGUGGCUGUACUAGAGUAUAUCUUAGCUGAUAUUUUGAAAUUGGCUUAUAAUUAUGUAUUUAAUAUCCGACAUUAUGAAAUAUCCCAACAGGACAUUAAAGUGUCAAUGUGUGCAGAUAAGGUUUUGAUGGACAUGUUUGAUCAGGAUGACAUAGGCUUGGUUUCUCUUUGUGAAGAUGAACCUAGUUCUUCAGGUGAAUUAAACUACUAUGACCUUGUCAGAACUGAAAUUGCAGAAGAAAGACAGUAUCUACGGGAACUAAAUAUGAUCAUAAAAGUGUUUUGAGAAGCUUUUAUUUCUGACAGAAAGCUGUCUAAACUUUCUGAUAUUGAAAAGAUUUUCAGUAACAUUUUAGCUAUACAUGAAUUGACUGUGAACCUUCUGGGUUUAAUUGAAGACACAGUUGAAAUGACUGAUGAAAGCAGCCCUCAUCCCUUAGCUGGAAGCUGUUUUGAAGAUUUGGCAGAGGAACAAGCAUUUGAUCCUUAUGAAACAUUAUCACAGGAUAUUCUUUCACCAAAAUUUCAUGAACAUUUCAGUAAGUUGAUGGCCAGACCUGCAGUGGCUCUGCACUUUCAGUCCAUUCCUAAUGGUUUUAAAGAGGCAGUUCGUUAUGUCCUUCCACGCCUUAUGCUGGUGCCAGUAUAUCAUUGUUGGCACUAUUUUGAAUUAUUAAAGCAAUUGAAAGCAUGUAGUGAAGAGCAUGAAGACAGAGAAUGUUUGAACCAAGCUGUUACUGCUCUCAUGAAUCUCCAAGGUAGUGUAGACCGAAUUUACAAGCAGUAUUCACCUAGACGCUGACCUGGGGAUCCUGCUUGCCCUUUUUAUAAUCGUCAAUUAAGAAGCAAGCACCUGGCUAUUAAAAAAAUGAAUGAAAUUCAGAAAAACAUAGAUGGAUGGGAAGGCAAAGAUAUUGGACAGUGUUGUAAUGAAUUUAUUAUGGAAGGCCCAUUGACAAGAAUUGGUGCUAAACAUGAAUGGCAUAUUUUUCUCUUUGAUGGCUUAAUGAUUAGCCACAAACCCAGUCACAGCCAGUCACACCUUCCAGGAUACAGUAGUACAGAAUACAGAUUAAAAGAAAAAUUUGUCUUGAGGAAAAUACAAAUAUGUGAUAAAGAAGAUACUUGUGAGUGCAAACAUGCUUUUGAAUUAGUAUCCAAAGAUGAAAACAGCAUAAUAUUUGCUGCUAAGUUUGCUGAAGAGAAAAAUAAUUGGAUGGCAGCACUUAUUUCUCUUCAUUAUCAUAGUACUCUACAUCGAAUGCUAGAUUCAGUAUUAUUGAAGGAAGAAAAUGAGCAACCACUUAGAUUACCGAGUCCUGAAGUGUAUCGUUUUGUGGUAAAAGACUCUGAGGAAAACAUUGUUUUUGAAGACAACUUGCAAAGUAGAAGUGGAAUCCCCAUUAUUAAAGGAGGAACUGUGGUGAAAUUAAUUGAAAGGUUAACACAUCACAUGUAUGCAGAUCCCAAUUUUGUUCCCACUUUUCUUACUACGUAUCGUUCAUUUUGUAAACCACAGGAAUUGCUAAGCUUACUGAUUGAACGAUUUGAAAUUCCAGAGCCAGAACCUAGUGAAGCAGAUAAAUUGGCAGUAGAGAAAGGCGAGCAGCCAAUCAGUGCAGACCUUAAAAGGUUUCGCAAGGAAUACGUCCAGCCAGUACAACUUAGGAUCUUAAAUGUGUUUCGGCACAGGGUUGAACACCAUUUUUAUGACUUUGAAAGAGACUUGGAGUUGCUUGAAAGACUAGAAUCCUUCAUUUCAAGUGUAAGAGGGAAAGCUAUGAAGAAAUGGGUAGAGUCAGUUGCUAAGAUCAUCAAGAGGAAGAAACAAGCUCAGGCAAAUGGAAUAAGCCAUAAUAUUACCUUUGGAAUUCCACCUCCACCAAUUGAAUGGCAUAUCAGCAGACCAGGACAGUUGGAAACAUUUGAUCUCAUGACACUUCAUCCAAUAGAAAUUGCACAUCAAAUGAUACUUCUGGAAUCUGAUCUCUACAGGAAAGUUCAACCUUCUGAACUUGUAGGGAGUGUAUGGACCAAAGAAGAUAAAGAAAUAAAUUCUCCAAAUUUAUUAAAAAUGAUUCGCCACACCACACAUCUCACUCUCUGGUUUGAAAAGUGCAUUGUGGAAGCAGAAAAUUUUGAGGAACGGGUGGCAGUACUAAGUAGAAUUAUAGAAAUUCUGCAAGUUUUUCAAGAUUUGAAUAAUUUCAGUGGUGUAUUAGAGAUCGUCAGUGCAAUAAAUUCAGUAUCAGUCUGUAGACUAGAUCAUACCUUUGAGGAAAGAAAAAGGAAAAUUUUGGAUGAAGCUGUGGAAUUAAGUCAAGAUCAUUUUAAAAAAUAUCUAGUGAAACUUAAGUCAAUCAGUCCACCCUGUGUGUCUUUUUUUGGAAUAUAUUUAACAAAUAUUCUGAAGACUGAAGAAGGGAAUAAUGAUUUUUUAAAAAAGAAAGGGAAAGAUUUAAUCAAUUUCAGUAAGAGGAAAAAAGUAGCUGAAAUUACUGGAGAAAUUCAGCAAUAUCAGAAUCAGCCUUACUGUUUACGGAUAGAACCAGAAAUGAGGAGGUUCUUUGAAAACCUUAACCCCAUGGGAAAUGCUUCUGAAAACGAGUUUACAGAUUAUUUGUUCAACAAGUCACUAGAAAUUGAACCCCGAAACUGCAAACAGCCAUCUCGAUUUCCUAGGAAAUCAACUUUCUCUUUAAAAUCGCCUGGAAUAAGGCCUAAUACAGGCCGACAUGGCUCUACCUCAGGUACUUUACGAGGUCAUCCAACACCAUUAGAAAGAGAACCACGUAAAAUAAGCUUUAGUCGGAUUGCUGAAACAGAGCUUGAAUCAACAGUGUCAGCACCAACCUCUCCGAAUACACCAUCUGCUCCAUCAGUAUCUGCUUCUUCAGACCUUCGUGUGUUUUUAGAUGUGGAUCUCAACAGUUCCUGUGGAAGCAAUAGCAUCUUUGCUCCAGUCCUCUUGCCUCAUUCAAAGUCUUUCUUUAGUUCGUGUGGUAGUUUACAUAAACUAAGUGAAGGGCCACUGAUUCCUCCUCCACUUCCUCCUCGAAAAAAAUUUGAUCAUGAUGCUUCAAAUUCCAAGGGGACUAUGAAAUCUGAUGAUGACCCCCCUGCUAUUCUGCCAAGACAGCCUCCUCCUCCAAAGGUAAAACCCAGAGUUCCUGCUCCUUCUGGUGCAUUUGACGGGCCUCUGCAUAGUCCACCACCGCCGCCGCCGAGAGAUUCUCUUCUCGAUACCCCUCCACCAGUUCCCCUUUGGCCUCCAGAACGCUUUGUAAACUGUCCGUUUACUCUUCAGCCACCUGCACUGGGACAUCUUCAUAGAGACCCAGACUGGUUCAGAGACAUUAGUACAUGUCCCAAUUCUCCAAACACUCCUCCUAGCACACCCUCUCCAAGGGUACCACAUCGAUGCUAUGUGCUCAGUUCUAGUCAAAAUAAUCUUGCUCAUCCUCAAGCGCCCCCUGUUCCACCAAGGCAGAAUUCAAGCCCUCACCUGCCAAAACUGCCACCAAAGACUUACAAACGGGAGCUUUCGCACCCCCCAUUGUGUAGACUGCCUUUGCUAGAAAAUGCAGAAACUCCUCAAUGACC